UUGCCGUCCACCCGUUCGUUCGUUUAGUAAAGGAAAACAUAAAACUUAAAGUUAAUCAACAUUCAACAAUUGUCCGUCAUUCAAUUCAUUAUGGGACAGACAAUCAGCAAAGAAGCACUGAGUGACAAUGAUUCGCAUUUGACAAAUAAGAAAAAGGAGAAGGUCGAAGAGCGUAAACUUGUCAAAACGUCUCUUGAAUCGCCUGAAUCUCUGUCACACUCAAAGCCUCGUGGGUUUCAGUACAUUCAGGAUGAAGAAUCUUGGUGCCGGCCGCAGCAAGCCAAGUUUUCGUGCGAAGACCAGAAAAUAUUGGAACCUGCAUUACCUUCACUAACAAAAAAAGAGGAAUCAAAAGAGCAGUUUCAAGAUGAGGAGACAAAGCACUGUCCUCCAGAAGAAAGAAUAGAAAAACUCGAACAAGAGAUGUGGAAUAAGGAUGCAGAAAACGCGAGCCUUAAGUCACAAAUCACUCGAUUGAAUGAGACAGUUGCCUUCGAACAAAGAAAACACCAGCCAAGUACUGACAAUGGCCAAGCUCAUGCUACCCCUACAAGCGUAGAAACUUUAACUAAUAAUUCUGGCAUCGCUUUUGAGUCUAACUCUGACGUCGAGGUUAAUGCAGAAAACGCGAGCCUUAAGUCACAAAUCACUCGAUUGAAUGAGACAGUUGCUGAAGAGCAGCAAAAGACUUGUCAAGAACAGUGGAAUCUCUACUAUGAACAGGUGAAAACCCAAGAGGAGAUAGAAAAGAGUAAGCUUCUACAAGAGGAACUGUCGAAAGUAAAAGAAGAGCUAUCCAAUAUUACAGCUCGAACUACAGUUGCAAGUGAAAUGAACCCAAUGGACUGCUCGAGUGAAUCUGAGGAUGCAGAAAACGCGAGCCUUAAGUCACAAAUCACUCGAUUGAAUGAGACAGUUGCUGAAGAGCAGCAAAAGACUUGUCAAGAACAAUGGAAUCUCCACUAUGAACAAGUGAAAACCCAAGAGGAGAUAGAAAAGAAUAGGCUUCUCCAAGAGGAACUGUCAAAAGUAAAAGAAGAGCUAUCGAAUAUUACAGCUCGGACUACAAUUGCAAGUGAAAUGAAUCCAAUGGACUGCUCGAGUGAUUCUGAGGCCACUCUAGUUAAUUUUGAUGCACGAUGCGUUCUGAUCGAACAAAGAAAACACCAGCCAAGUACUAACAAUGGCCAAGCUCAUGCUACCCCUACAAGCGUAGAAACUUUAACUAAUAAUUCUGGCAUCGCUUUUGAGUCUGACUCUGACGUCGAGGUUAAUGCAGAAAACGCGAGCCUUAAGACACAAAUUACUCGAUUGAAUGAGACAGUUGCUGAAGAGCAACAAAAGACUUGUCAAGAACAGUGGAAUCUCUACUAUGAACAGGUGAAAACCCAAGAGGAGAUAGAAAAGAGUAAGCUUCUCCAAGAGGAACUGUCGAAAGUAAAAGAAGAGCUAUCGAAUAUUACAGCUCGGACUACAGUUGCAAGUGAAAUGAACCCAAUGGACUGCUCGAGUGAUUCUGAGGCCACUUUAGUUAAUUUUGAUGCACGAUGCCUUCUGAUCGAACAAAGAAAACACCAGCCAAGUACUGCCAAUGGCCAAGCUCUUGCUACCCCUACAAGCGUAGAAACUAAUGAUUCGGGCAUCGCUUUUGAGUCUGACGUCGAGGUACCCGUACUAUGUGAAAAUGUCGGCAAGGACAAAACGAAGUUCAAACUAGUCAACCCUGAAUCUAGUUCUACGAUCACUGAUAACGUAGAUCUCGAAGACAAAACCUCUAUUGCCCUGUGUAAAGCGGAAAAUGAGAACAAACAAUUGAGAAACUACAUAAACGAUCUUCAACUUUCAUACGACGAAAUUAGGAAUUAUUAUUUUGACCUGUGUGAGAGAUACCAGGGAGUUGAGCACGAUAGAUUUUGUUUGGUUGAGCGAGUUAAUGGUUUAAUCGGCGAGUCCAAAGAAAAGUUUAAAGCAGUCGACCCUGAAUCUACAAUCAUCGAUGAAACAGAUCUCCAGGACGACACCUCUAUUGUCCUGUGCAACUGCAACGCAGAUAAAGAGAACAAACAGUUGAGAAAUUAUCUUCAACUUUCAUACGAUGAAACUAAGCUCAGAGAAAAUCAGUAUCUUGACCUGUGUGAGAGAUACAAGGAAGUUGAGCAUGAUAGAUCCCGUUUGGUUGAGCGUGCAAAUGAUUUAUUCAAAACCAACCAAGAGCACGAAAAAGAGAUGACGACAUUGCGUGACUUGAAUAGGAGAUUCAAAGAGUGUCUUACCGAGAUGCAGUCUGAAUUUAGCGAUGUCGAGGAUCACAACAAAAAAGUGUUCCAGAAUCUAAACACCGAGAAUGAAAACCUGCAUAAAUAUAAACGACUCGUCGAGUCGCGGUCAGAUGUUUGUGCAAUGGAUGAUCAGGUCAACUACAAAGAUGUGGUUCAGAACCUUACCAACGACUAUAACAACCUGAAUAAACAAUUCUUCGAGUUACAGUGUAGUUUCCAUGCCAUGGAGGUCGGCAACAAAGAAACAGUUCAGAACCUAACUGUGGAAAAAGAGAAGCUGACUGCGGACAAUGUCGAGUUACGAUCAAGUUUUUAUGCCAUGGAAGUCAACUACAGAGAGGUGGUUCAGAACCUUACUGUGGAAAAGGAAAAACAGUCUGCGGACAAUGAUAAUCUCAAAAAACAAGUUGUCAAGUUACGAUCUAGUUUUUCUCUAAAGGAGGAAGAGUACAAAUUUGCAGUCGACACCAAGACGGCGGAGAAUCAGAGUCUAAUCGAGGAGAAAGUAAAUUUGCAUAAAAAGCUAAUUACUUUCAUAAAAUGUCAAGUGUAAUGACUUAACCUAUGUGCGAACCUUAAACAGCACUAAAGUCUGAACCAGUUUUCCGAUAAAAGAACAGAGAUGAUGAAAUUUGACAGCACCUGUGAUACAUCAUAACCCAACUCAAGUCUUAAAUCCAAUUUGUGAAAGUCUGCAUCACAAGCACCUCCCAAAACACCAAAAAGUGUGCAGAUGAAGAAUGAAGAUGGAACAAACGUAAACCGAAGAGAAGAUAAAGACAUAAUAUUGACGCGAGGACCUUUAAAAGGUGGAUUAUUAUUUCAAGUUUAAUAUUGGAUAUUUGGCCGAGUUAUAAAGUGCUACUUGAUGAUGUCAAGUUACUCUGAUGAAAUUGCCCACGUUUCGUCUAUUUUAUUAGCUUGAUGUGAUCAUAUUAUGAGGAUAUAAGAAACUCUUCACUCCUGGACAAUAACAUUUCUGAGCACAAGUUCAUGUUGUGCAAAAUUUCAAAUCUAUAUGGAGAGAAUAAAUACGUUGCUCCAUACCAGAUCAGUGAACAAUUUCUUUAGAAGAAUUAAGGAACUUUCAAUUUCAAGUCGAAAUUGAAAGCCUGAUAGUAAAAAGUAUGAAGUUACUUUUAUUGUUACAAAUUACUUGUUUUGUGAUCUCUAUGUGAUAUAAGACGAAGAAAUGUUAGUAUCAAGCGACAUGAUAUUGAUAGAUAUUAGACGUUAUUAUAACUAUAAGACGCGAUAUUGUAUGAAUAGAUAUGAUGUUAUUUAAUAAUAAGAAUUGAUCCGAUUCUAAGCAAUAAUAGUUAUAGUGACGGGAUUACUCUGGUUAACCUAUUUUUACGAGUGGAGGGAGCUAGGGGCGAGACACACCCUCACAAUUUCUAACAAUUUCAAUGACUCAUACAGUUAACCGAAACCUAGCUCUUAGUUCUGAGAAUUAUUCUCUUGGAGGCGGGAGUAAGUUAGUAG